AUGUUUCCUAAACCACUCCGUUCGUCUAUAUCCUCCACUGUUUCUGUGCUUGUGAGAGGCCUUGCAACCUCUACAGAAAUUUUUCCCAACGCUAUCAAGCCAUCAGGAUUUAGCAUUGCAACAUUAAGAUCAUUCCCAAGCUUGGAACCGCAUUCCAUUUUCCCCGUACACAAUGUCUUGGUGAACCAGCCACUGAGAAGGGAUAUUCUAUGGUUGGCGGCUGUGAUGGAAUUGGACAACAAGAGAGUUGGAGCGUCCAAUCCUCCAGGCAGAUCACAACAUAAGUUUUCCAGACAUAAGUUGUUCAAGCAAAAGGGUACCGGUAGAGCCAGAGUCGGUGACGCCAACUCGCCCAUCAGAUUCAGAGGUGCCUAUGCGCUGGCGAGACAUGCGCCAAAUGACUUUUCUACUGAUUUACCAACAAAGGUGUAUCAUUAUGCAUAUAGGGUGGCAUUGUCCGAUGCAUUCAGAAGAGGUAAGUUGUUUAUAAUUGGUGAAGACAGUCAAUUCAGGGAGAGGUUGCAGCAGGAAACCGGGUUGGCUGCAAAUGAAAUUAAGGAAAGCGAUAGCUUCAACCUGGAGAUCCCAACGACAGAUUCGUUGGCAAUGUCAAGAUUUGUCAAGGAGCACCACGCGGAGAAACACAACCUCUUGUUUGUUGCCAAUGAUUACUUCAAGGUUUCGAAUUUAAGAGAAUCCGUCUUGAGAUAUCCAAGUAAGAAGUUGACUGUUUUACAAAAGGAUGAAGUCCAAGUUAGAGACAUCUUAAAGGCACACAAGAUCUUCAUCGAAAAGGAGGCAUUUAACUAUUUUGCUGCUAAAUACACAAAGUUCGUCAACUUAUGA